AUACAAAACGUACUACAUAUAACGUACAAUUGCAACGGCAAGAGUUAGUCGGGUCCGCCCAGUUCAUCGCACGUGGUUUAUAAUCGAGAUUUUUAUAAGAUUUUGACACUAAAUUUUGUCAUGUUGAAUGAGUCGGAUACGUCAGAAAGGAACCAGCCAGACUAGUAUCGAUACACAGUAAAAUAAUCGCAGUGACAGUGUGUUUCUUUUAUCAUUGCAUAUUCGAUUAAUUUCGGACGAAAGCUGGUUACGAUGCUAUCGCGUAUUUCCGAAAUUGAUGAAAAUUCGCCGACGAAGUCUGAAGAAGGAGCAUCGCCUUCGCCGAUUACCGGCAUUGUUCAUGGAUUGAUGAAGUCUUCGCUUUCGUCGGACAAUUGUUUGAAGCGUCGCAUAAAAGAGAUGGGAGAGAACCGGCAGAUCGGAGGAGAUUCUGUUGGUACACGCUGUCUGUCCGAACACGGAUGUACGGGAUCGAAGGGACCGAAGCGGCAACGGCUGUUUAAAAAUAUCUUCAAAUUCAAGAAUACAUCCGGAAACUCGAUAAAAUCUUCGCCAACGGGACGUCGACUCUUCGGCAUGGCACCGCGACGCUUUUCCAGUCUGGAACCGGUCUCGCCAUCUGUCGGGAAAGAAAACAGUAAUAUCGGUAGCAAUCCUCGCAGAGUCAGCCCGCAAAAGACGCCACUGGGAAGCAAAAGGUGCCGUUAUCCGCUCGAAGACUGCGAUCCUAAUAGUCGGGAUAACUGUUAUGAAGCGAAUUACACGGAAAAAAUGGAAAAGCCCAAGGAGGGGUUUCGAUUCUUGGAACCAAUGGCUGUUGCUCCGCGACGAAUGUCCAUCGAAUAUCGCAGUCCGAUACAAUCUCCUUUACGAUCGUCGCCGCAACAACUACGCGUGAUGCAACAGACUCUUUUUCGAAAUCAUUCCUCCGGCUACGAAAGCAUGGACGACGGUUUCAACGACAUCGAAUCUUUAGAAGAUUCCCAAGUGUCCAACGAACUGCUGUCAAACAGCAUUUCGAUUCUCCUUCGCGGCAAUAUCGUUGGCAUCGAGUCGCCGGAGCCUCUCUGUAACAUCUCGUCCAUCAUCAAAAUGGACACGAACAGCCCUAGCACGCCAGAGUUUCCUCGCACGAAUCGCACCGGCAACUUUAGACGGUCUCUCUUCCUUCAAAACGAAAAACCAGAAACCCGCAAGUCACUUUCGAAAGUACGUUCCUGCCUUUUUGGUUCUCCGAACUCGAGUCCGCCACCCACGAUUUUAAACUCCGAUCUCGAGGACAGUCCGUUGUCGCAACGGUUAACGAGCACGACAGAGAUCAUGGCAACGACGACCGCAACAGCCGAAAUUCUCUCGUUGCCCCGAAGACGAAUCUGCUACAGCGACGAACUCUCGAACAAUAGCGACCUCGAUUCGCCCGUGUCCGGGAACACGUUCAAGCGACCCGAUCCACCAAUGGACGACAGUCCAAUGCUAGCUAAGAGGCUUCGGAGUUCGAACAGCACUGUUUUCGAUGGAAUACGGCACUGUUCGAUCGAUACACCCACGUUUAGUUUGCCGUUGGUCGGCAUUUCUUGCCGGAGAAGUCUGUCCGAAACAUCGGCGACGAUCGCGAUCAUGGAGACGACGAAGGAAGCGACGAUAAUGGACGCGGAUACCGAUAUCGAUAUCGAUAUUGAUACCGAUACCCAUACCGCCGCCAAUAUCGAGAUCAAAACCGAGUCGCACGCGCUAAUCGAUUCCGCUAUUCAUCGCAGCAUCACCGAUACCGAUCUUACCGGUGACUUUAGUAAACCAUUGGUUUUACCGUUGGCCGUCGGUCAUCAUCAAGAUUUGAAAUCGAUUUCCGCGAGCACCUUAGCCGCUCUGGUUCAGGGAGAGUUCGACGAUCGUGUCCGUUCUUUCAAAAUUGUGGACUGUCGUUAUCCUUACGAAUUUGAAGCCGGACACAUUCAAGGUGCUCUGAACCUGUACAAUAAGGACCUUAUUGAGGAAAACUUGUUGAAUCCUCUAACCGAUAUUCCCAACAUCGAGUCAGAUACCGACAAGAGGAACAUCGUGAUUUUUCAUUGCGAGUUCUCGUGGAAACGUGGACCAUAUUUGUCGCGGUCGCUACGAAAUUUGGAUCGACAACGAAACAAAGGAUGCUAUCCCGCUCUCCAUUAUCCGGAGAUAUAUUUGUUGCACGGAGGUUACGAGCAAUUCUAUAAAGAGCAGAAGCAACUGUGCUCACCACAAGGAUAUCGACCGAUGAAACAUCCGGAUUACGAAACAGAUCUCAAGAAAUUUCGUAGCAAAAGCAAGAGCUGGCAAGGCGAAAAGUCAAGAAUCGCCGAUUACGCGACGCGAACUAGCUUGAAGCGUCUAGGUUUUUGAACCCUAAUCCAUCUCUUCUUUCUUAUACGCGUACGCGCGCGCGCACACACACCACACACAGAACACGCACAUACACACACACAAAAGUACAACUUUUCACCAUCAUUGACUUUGGUAUCAUUUUUUAUUUUUUUUUCAACUACAUUUUUCAAAACUCUUUGUCACGUGUAAAUAGCUUGUCUGGCAUUUCAUAUGCUUAGUUAUGUUAUAGUAAGUUUUAGUACAAGGAAACGAAAAACGCUUAUUUCCAAUGGCGAGCGACAUUAGCAAAAGACACCCACAACACCUUGGGAGGAGGUUUUGCGUUGAUGUUCUCGUCGGACGAUUACUUACGGAUCGAUUUAACGUCUACGCAACGGAACGUGUAAUGUCGACGGAAGGAGUUAAAUGUGCGAAUUGGAUCGUGAAGCCAUCAAAACGAAUCGGUCGAGUAUUGGAAAGGAUUUCGGGCGGGCUUCCCAGUUUUGCGUUCUUAUUCAACGUUGUAUUUAUGGUAAUAUUUCGUGAUCUUGUUAUUUGUUUCUACAAACAUUUUCCCGUGCUUUACUCGGUUAUCCGUUGCCUAACGUAUUCGAUGGUCGAGGUAGUAUGUAACCAAAGGUUAAGCGUGUCGCGCAUACACGCCUAGAGAAAUAUUUUCGAAAGUUGUAUAUGUACCAUGUAACACGCGUCGAAAGCAUUCAUAAUCAAAGAAUUACAUUAUUUUUAUACGUGAAAUAUACAUUUGGUACAUGUACGCGUUUUCGAACGAAUGUAAGAAUAAAAGAAUGAAUGAUUUAAGUGUGCCUGCCUGCGGAUGUGUUACGCAUAUAAAUAUAAUGUAUAUUGAAAAAUGAUUACGUUAUAUGUAUGUGUUAUUAGUUUACAAUAAAUAUAUCGUUUCCUACAGAUAAAA